AAGCGCGACGCGCGGCCGCUACUUCCUCUCUGGUCGCCGUGGUGUGUUGUCAGGAUGGCGCCGCAGAAAGACAAGAAGCCUAAGAAGGCGACGUGGAAAUUUAAUUUGGAUCUCACUCACCCAGUGGAAGAUGGCAUUUUUGACUCUGGGAAUUUUGAACAGUUUCUACGGGAGAAGGUUAAAGUCAACGGGAAAACUGGAAAUCUUGGCAAUGUCGUUCACAUUGAACGCUUCAAGAACAAAAUCACAGUUGUUUCUGAGAAACAGUUCUCGAAGAGGUAUUUGAAAUAUCUUACCAAAAAAUACCUUAAGAAGAAUAAUCUUCGUGAUUGGCUUCGUGUAGUUGCAUCUGACAAGGAGACUUACGAACUCCGUUACUUCCAAAUCAGUCAGGAUGACGAUGGAUCUGAAUCCGAGGACUAGGUUACUGAAAUUAUAAUAAUUUAUUAGUAAAUAAAAAUAUAAUUUGUUCA